AUGGUGCAAAAGAUCAAAGCAACAGCUGAAGAACAGAAGCGAGCUGAAGUUACAGAAGUAGCAGCUGAAGAUACAGAAGCAGCAGCUGAAGAUACAGGAGAUACAGUUGAGGAUACAGGAGCUGCAGCUGAAGAUACAGAAGCAGCAGCUGAAGAUACAGUAGAUACAGUUGAAGGUACAGAAGCAGCAGUUGAAGAUACAGGAGAUACAGCUGAGGAUACAGGAGCUGCAGCUGAAGAUACAGAAGCAGCAACUGAAGAUACAGGAGAUACAGUUGAAGAUACAGGAGCUGCAGCUGAAGAUACAGAAGCAGCAACUGAAGAUACAGGAGAUACAGUUGAAGAUACAGGAGCUGCAGCUGAAGAUACAGAAGCAGCAACUGAAGAUACAGGAGAUACAGUUGAAGAUACAGGAGCUGCAGCUGAAGAUACAGAAGCAGCAACUGAAGAUACAGGAGAUACAGUUGAAGAUACAGAAGCAGCAACUGAAGAUACAGGAGAUACAGUUGAAGAUACAGGAGCAGCAGCUGAAGAUACAAGAGCAGCAGCUGAAGAUACAGGAGCAGCAACUGAAGAUACGGAAGCAGCAGCUGAAGAUACAGCAGCAGCAACUGAAGAUACAGAAGCAGCAGCUGAAGAUACAGCAGCAGCAGCUGAAGAUACAGGAGACACAGUUGAAGAUACAGGAGCAGCAGCUGAAGAUACAGGAGACACAGUUGAAGAUACAGGAGCAGCAGCUGAAGAUACAGAAGAUACAACUGAAGAUACAGGAGAUACAGUUGAAGAUACAGGAGCUGCAGCUGAAGAUACAGAGGCUGCUGUUGAAGAUACAGGAGUUAUAGCUGAAGAUACAGUUGAAGAUACAGGAACUGCAGCUGAAGAUACAGAGGCUGCUGUUGAAGAUACAGGAGUUAUAGCUGAAGAUACAGGAGCUGCAGCUGAAGAUACUGAAGCUGCUGUUGAAGAUACAGGAGUUGCAACUGAAGAUACAGAAACUGUAGCUGAGGAUACAGGCGAUACAGUUGAAGAUACAGGAGCUGCAGUUGAAAAUACAGAGGCUGCAGCUGAAGAUACAGAGGCUGCUGCUGAAUUAACAGGAGAUACAGCUGACGAUACAGGAGCUGUAGCUGAAGAUACAGGAGCUGUAGCUGAAGAUACAGAAGCUGCAACUGAAGAUGUAGCAGACACAGUUGAAGAUACAGGAGCUGCAGCUGAAGAUACAGAAGCUGCAGCUGAAGAUAUAGCAGACACAGUUGAAGAUACAGGAGCUGCAGCUGAAGAUACAGGAGCUGCAGCUGAAGAUACAGAAGCAUUAACUGAAGAUGCAGCUGCUGCAGAUGAAGAUACAGGAGCUGCAGCUGAAGAUACAGAAGCAUUAACUGAAGAUACAGCUGCUGCAGAUGAAGAUACAGGAGCUGCAGCUGAAGAUGGAGAAGCUUCAGCUGAAGAUACAGAAGUUUCAGCUGAAGAUACGGGAGCAUUAGCUGAAGAUACAGGAGCUCCAGCUGAAAAUACAGAAGCAGCAGCCGAAGAUACAGGAGCUCCAGGUGAAGAUACAGGAGCUGCAGCUGAUGUUGCAGAUACAGUUCAAGAUACAGGAGCUGCAGCUGAUGUUGCAGAUACAGUUCAAGAUACAGGAGCUGCAGCUGAAGAUACAGAAGUUGCAGCUGAAGAUACAGAAGCAGCAGCUGAAGAUACAGAAGCAGCAGCUGAAGAUACAGAAGUUGCAGCUGAAGAUACAGAGGCUGCAGCUGAAGAUAAAGAUGCUGCAGCUGAAGAUACAGAAGCUGCAGCUGAAGAUACAGAAUUUGUAGCUGAAGAUACAGAAGCAACAGCUGAAGAUACAGAAGUUGCAGCUGACGAUACAGCACCUUCAGCUGAAAAUACAGAAGCAGCACCUGAAGAUGUUGUUGAUACAGUUGAAGAUAUAGGAGCUGCAGCUGAAGAUACAGAAGCUGCAGCUGAAGAUACAGGAGCUCCGGCUGAAGAUUUAGAAGCUGCAGCUGAAGAAACAGAGCCUGCAAGUGAAGAUACAGAAGCCGCAGUUGAAGAUACUGGAGCUGCAGCUGAAAAUGUUGAAGAUACAGGAGCUAAUGCUGAAGAUGUUGCAGAUACAGUUGAAGAUACAGGAGCUACAGCUGGAGAUGUUGCAGCUGAAGAUACAGAUGCUGCAGCUGAAGUUACAAAAGCUGUAGAUGAAGAUGCUGAAGAUACCGGUGAUGCCACUGAAGAUCAUGCAGGCACGGCUGAUGUUACAGGAGUUGCAGAUGAAGAUGUUGCAAACACUGUGGCGGCAGCUGAAACUGUUCAAGAAGUAGAGAAAUCAGUGUUGAGUGCAAUGGAAGGUAGUGUUGAGGAAGAGCCAAGGAAUACUCCACUGGCUUCAGCUAGACUAAGGUCUGCAGCAGCAGUUCCCGCCCCGGAGGAGCCCAGCCAGGAUGCUGCCAGCAAUGCCGCUGAUCCUGAAGAGAAAAACGUAAGUUUCUUUGUUGGAGAUGAUGAAGACGGAAAUGCUGAGGAUGUGACAGGUCAAGAUGUUGGAGACACGGGGAUAAGCAGUGUAGGAGGAAACAAUGUUGACUUCCUCGGUGGCAACCCAGCGGUGGAAGGCCCAGGAGACAUGGAGACGCGUGAAGAGUCUACUCCAUUCACCUCCUUCGCCUCACGAAGUCACCAUCAGCCGGAGUUCGACGAAUCAGAGGAUGACGGGGAGGUGGUGAGCGGCGCUGCAGGCGUGGCUGCUGUUAGUGCCGCGGUGCUGGUGGCUGGGACCUGUGUCAUCGCCACCAACCCCAGCCCCACUGAGAACUACCAAAGAGAACACAGGGAAGACUUUGCCGACGAGGGUGGUCACCAUGGCUACUCCGGACACCAUGACCACACCACUGCAGCAGACAAAUCUGGGGAGAAUGAAGAACUUGGGAUGGCAGCAACGAAGAUCCAGGCUACGUUCCGAGGAUAUCAAACAAGAAAAUCAAUGGAAAAUAAACAGUCAGUGGCACAGGAAUCAGUGGAACAACCAUUUGAGAAUAAUGGGAAACGUAUGAACUCUGAAGAUGAAAAGGUUCACGAAGCAGCUAUCAAGAGUUGCACAAAGGAAGAUGCGAGAGAUAUAGAAAUUAACCUUAAUGACCGAGAAUUGCAAGAAGCAGCAAUAAAAAUUCAGUCAUCAUAUCGAGGCUUUAAAACCAGACAAGAUUUAAGGGCUGCUAAGACUCCAGAAAGUGAAAACAUUGAAGGAAUUGAUCUAAAUGACCCAGAACUGCAAGAAGCAGCAAUCAAGAUUCAAUCGUCAUUCCGAGGCUUCAAAACCAGACAAGAUUUGAAAUGCUUCAAUACUCAAGAAAGUGAAAGUAUUGAAGGAAUUGAUCUAAAUGACCCUGAACUUCAAGAAGCAGCAAUAAAGAUUCAGUCCUCCUUCCGAGGUUUCAAAACCAGACAAAACUUGAAGGGAUCCAAUGCCAAAGAAAAUGAAAACGUUGAAGGAAUUGAUCUAAAUGAUCCUGAACUGCAAGACGCAGCAAUAAAGAUUCAAUCUUCAUUUCGAGGUUUCAAAACAAGACAAGAUUUGAAAGAUUCUAAGACUCCAGAAAUUGAAAAUAUUCAGAAAAUUGAUUUAAGUGACCUAGAAUUACAAGAAGCAGCUAUAAAGAUUCAGUCGGCCUUCCGAGGCUUCAGAACCAGAGAAGAAUUGAAGGGGUCUAAAUUUUUAGAAAACGAAAAUAUCGAAGGAAUUGAUCUUAAUGAUCCAGAACUACAAAAAGCAGCAAUAAAGAUUCAAUCUUCAUUCCGAGGCUUCAAAACCAGACAAGAUUUGAAGGGUUCCAAUACUCAAGAAAGUGAAGACAUUCCGAGAAUAGAUCUUAAUGAUCCAGAAUUACAAGAAGCAGCAAUAAAGAUUCAGUCUUCAUUCCGAGGCUUCAAAACAAGACAAGAGUUGAAAGGUUCCAGUACCCAAGACAGUGAAAACAUUCAAGGAAUUGAUCUAAAUGACCCAGAAUUACAAGAAGCAGCAAUAAAAAUUCAGUCUUCAUUCAGAGGCUUCAAAACAAGACAAGAUUUAAAGGGUUCCAGUACGGAAGAUAGUGAAAACUUAGAAGAAAUUGAUCUAAAUGAUCCUGAAUUGCAAGAAGCAGCGAUAAAAAUUCAGUCUUCAUUCCGAGGUUUCAAAACCAGACAAAAUCUAAAGGGGUCUCAUCCUCCAGAAAGUGAAAAUAUUCAGGAAAUUGAUCUAAGUGACCCAGAACUACAAGAAGCAGCUAUAAAGAUUCAGUCAGCCUUCCGAGGCUUCAAAACCAGAGAAGAAUUGAUGGGGUCUAAAUUAUCAGAAAAUGAAAAUAUUGAGGGAAUUGAUCUUAAUGAUCCAGAAUUACAAGAGGCAGCAAUAAAAAUUCAGUCAUCAUUCCGAGGCUUCAAAACUAGACAAGAUUUGAAGGGUUCCAAUACCCAAGACAGUGAAAACUUAGAAGGAAUUAAUCUUAAUGAUCCAGAACUAGAAGAAGCUGCAAUAAAAAUUCAGUCAUCAUUCCGAGGCUUCAAAACCAGACAAGAUUUGAAGGGUUCCAAUACCCAAGACAGUGAAAACUUAGAAGGAAUUGAUCUUAAUGAUCCAGAACUACAAGAAGCAGCAAUAAAGAUUCAAUCUUCUUUCCGAGGCUUCAAAACUAGACAAGAUUUGAAGGGUUCCAAUACCCAAGACAGUGAAAACUUAGAAGGAAUUGAUCUUAAUGAUCCAGAACUACAAGAAGCAGCAAUAAAGAUUCAAUCUUCUUUCCGAGGCUUCAAAACUAGACAAGAUUUAAAGGGUUUCAAUAUGGAAGAUAGUGAAAACUUAGAAGAAAUUGAUCUAAAUGACCCUGAACUACAAGAAGCAGCAAUAAAAAUUCAAUCUUCAUUCCGAGGCUUCAAAACCAGACAAGAUUUGAAGGGUUCCAAUACCCAAGACAAUAAAAACAUUCAAGAAAUUGAUCUAAAUGACCCUGAACUACAUGAAGCAGCAAUAAAGAUUCAGUCUUCAUUCCGAGGCUUCAAAACAAGACAAGAUUUGAAGAAUUCUAGGACUCCAGAAAGUGAAAAUAUUCAGGAUAUUGAUCUAAGUGACCCAGAACUACAAGAAGCAGCUAUAAAGAUUCAGUCAGCCUUCCGAGGCUUCAAAACCAGAGAAUUGAUGGGGUCUAAAUUUUCAGAAAAUAAGAAUAUUGAGGGAAUUGAUCUUAAUGAUCCAGAACUACAAGAAGCAGCAAUAAAGAUUCAAUCUUCUUUCCGAGGCUUCAAAACUAGACAAGAUUUAAAGGGUUCCAAUAUGCAAGACAGUGAAAACUUAGAAGGAAUUAAUCUUAAUGAUCCAGAACUAGAAGAAGCUGCAAUAAAAAUUCAGUCAUCAUUCCGAGGCUUCAAAACCAGACAAGAUUUGAAGGGUUCCAAUACCCAAGACAGUGAAAACUUAGAAGGAAUUGAUCUAAAUGACCCUGAACUACGUGAAGCAGCAAUAAAAAUUCAAUCUUCAUUCCGAGGCUUCAAAACCAGACAAGAUUUGAAGGGUUCCAAUACCCAAGACAAUAAAAACAUUCAAGAAAUUGAUCUAAAUGACCCUGAACUACAUGAAGCAGCAAUAAAGAUUCAGUCUUCAUUCCGAGGCUUCAAAACAAGACAAGAUUUGAAGGAUUCUAGGACUCCAGAAAGUGAAAAUAUUCAGGAUAUUGAUCUAAGUGACCCAGAACUACAAGAAGCAGCUAUAAAGAUUCAGUCAGCCUUCCGAGGCUUCAAAACCAGAGAAGAAUUGAUGGGGUCUAAAUUUUCAGAAAAUAAGAAUAUUGAGGGAAUUGAUCUUAAUGAUCCAGAAUUACAAGAAGCAGCAAUAAAGAUUCAAUCAUCAUUCCGAGGCUUCAAAACCAGACAAGACUUGAAGGGUUCCAAUACUCAAGAAAGUGUAGACAUUCAGGGAAUUGACCUCAGUGAUCCUGAACUGCAAGAAGCAGCAAUAAAAAUUCAGUCAUCAUUCAGAGGCUUCAAAACUAGACAAGAUUUGAAGGGUUCCAAUACCCAAGACAGUGAAAACUUAGAAGGAAUUGAUCUUAAUGAUCCAGAACUGCAAGAAGCAGCAAUAAAAAUUCAGUCAUCAUUCAGAGGCUUCAAAACAAGACAAGAUUUAAAAGGUUCUAGGACUGAAAAUAUUCAGGAAAUUGAUCUAAGUGACCCAGAACUACAAGAAGCAGCUAUAAAGAUUCAGUCAGCCUUCCGAGGCUUCAAAACCAGACAAGAUUUGAAGGGUUCUGAUACGCAACACAGUGAAAACUUAAAAGUAAUUGAUCUAAAUGACCCUGAACUACAAGAAGCAGCAAUAAAGAUUCAAUCUUCUUUCCGAGGCUUCAAAACCAGACAGAAUUUGAAGGGUUCCAAUAUCCAAGACAGUGAAAACUUAGAAGUAAUUGAUCUAAAUGACCCUGAACUACAAGAAGCAGCAGUAAAGAUUCAAUCUUCAUUCCGAGGCUUCAAAACCAGACAGAAUUUGAAGGGUUCCAAUAUCCAAGACAGUGAAAACUUAGAAGUAAUUGAUCUAAAUGACCCUGAACUACAAGAAGCAGCAGUAAAGAUUCAAUCGUCAUUCCGAGGCUUCAAAACCAGACAAGAUUUGAAGAAUUUACAUUCUUUAAGAAAUGAAGGCAUUGGAGAAAUUAAUCUCAAUGAUCCUGAACUUCAGAAAGCAGCUAUUGUAAUUCAGUCUUUAUAUCGUGGGUUCCUGGUUCGGAAAAAAUUACAUGCACCUGAAAGUACCGAAAAUAUCUCCACUAACCAAACAGUACUCCAAAGGUUACCAAAUUCGAAAGAGCAAGAAACCGCAGCAACAAAAAUUCAGUCAACAUUCCGUGGGUUUAAAGCUCGCAAAGAACUUAAAAAUAUUAAAAUAAGUAACUCUGAGUGCGAGACGGAGAAAGAAACUCUAGCAGCUACCAGAAUACAAGCUGCCUUUAGGGGUCAUUCAGUGAGAAGAAAGCACAAAAAGGAUAAUGAAACUGAACUAAAAAAUAAUAAAGAAAUUAAGGAUAAUUUAAGAGAAAAUGGAAACGACAGAAUUUUUGUAGAACCAGAAAUAAUUAUAAGUAGUGUAGAUAUGAAUAAUAUAGAGAUUCAAGGUACGAAUAAGUCUUAUCCAGACAAAGAUGAUGAUUUAAAUAAAAUAGAUGUAGCGCAGUCUGGAGACAGUGGCUGGUCGAGCAACUCCAGUCGAGAUGCCAGUCCAUGUCAGAAGUUUCCCGAGUUAGAAGCUCCAGAUAAUUCUGAAGAACUGAAUCGCGCAGCUAUAAAAAUUCAGAGCCUAUUUAGGGGGUAUCAGGCGAGACGACAAAUCGAAGGUCACCCCACAAAUGGUCCAGCACGACAGAGAAAAUAUAGAAGUAAUUCAAGGAUAUCUGCUCGAAGAAACAGGGCCGCUACAAAAAUUCAAGCAGUUUUUCGUGGCUAUAAAACACGAAAGGUACUUAAAAAACCUUCCCGGAAGCCAAACCCGUCAUAUUACAACUCGAAACUCCCAUCUGAUGACCCAGUGGUCACAAAAGCUGUCGUCACCAUACAGGCGGUCGUUCGUGGGUAUCUGGCCCGCAAACGCGUACAACAACAAAAAAUAGACAGGACCAUUGACCAUACAUGUUCGGAUGACUCUCAACUCUCACUCGAUGCCGCAGCCGCAAAGAUCCAAGCGGGCUUCAAGGGUUACAAGACUCGCAAGGCCCUGCGAAAAAAGACCGAGGGAAGUGUGGACCUGAAUGACCCUAGGGUGCUGAGAGCUGUAGUCAGAAUCCAGGCGGCUCUUCGUGGCUACCUCGCCAGGAAGAAGCUGAGAGAGGCCUUGUAAUUAGGCAAAGAUUACAUAGCUAUAUUUAUUUAGAGUUUAGAAUUAAAAUCUCCCCGAUAACCUUUAAUAUUACAAUUAUUCGUUUCCAUUGAUUUUUUCCCCAUUCUCUUAAUAUUCUUAUAUUAAAUAUGGGAUGAUAUAUUGUUUUCUGAUAUUUCUGUUGGCAGUAUCUGAUGUUCUGCUAUAAGUUCUGCAUCUCGUCUGCCUGUCUUUUAUACUACAUCUGAGAAAUAAAAGUCACAAUACCUUGGCUGGAACAAUUCACAACCCAUAAAGUUAUCUCCAAUUAUCACAUCAACCGGGUCAUGUGACUUCAUUUGUUGACUUCCUUCAGACAAAUCCAUACACAGACGUGUGCAUGUUUGACAUCUUGAUGGAUACUUUACCAUAGGAAUAAUGGUAAUGAUGAAUUCAAAAUACUUGCGUACUUCCAAUAAAUAUAAUAUUUAUUAGCAUAUACUUCGCACAUUCAUGUAUCACACCUUGCAACAUAGCUUUAACAAGGAAUACAAUGAGCUGUGUUAUAAUUACUGCAAGUGGUGAUAAUAUAUAAAAGACUGAUGAAAUAAAGGAAUAUACAUGCAAA